AUGGUUUUUUAUAAAAAUCUAAACAAUUCUUUAAAAACUAAACACAAUAAUAAAAGUAUCAAGAAUGAGAAUAAUCAUACAUCACCAAGAUAUUAUGAUAUAAAAAUUGGCGAAAAGAGUUUUUUCCUUUCCUCAGAAUCCUUAAACAAUGAUGCACCAAAUUUCUUUACUGCAGCAUUUUUCGGUUAUUUUCAAGAAUCAAACACUUCAAAAAUUUUUAUUGAACGUGACCCAACCUAUUUUGAUAUGAUUGUGAGGUAUUUACGUGGUUAUGAGGUGGAUUGGCCAUUUCAUGAUAAGACUGAAAUGAAAAAUUUAUUAGCAGAUGUUAGAUUUUACGGGUUUGGAAAUUUACAAAUAAUUUUGGAAGAGGUGUUCGAACAAAAUUUUCCCAAGGUCGUUAUACCUUGGAAAAUUAUAACUUACGCUCCUGAGAAUGAACCAGUCUUGGCAAUAAAUAUUAAAGAUGUUGAGUUGAGAAGAUGGGAUGGAAAAAUUUUGAUUUAUGAUACGAAUCCAAUAUUAAAGAAGAAAAUUAAUAUCAGUGAAAAUACAUUAACUGAUAAUAAUAGAGGCCUUUACAAAUUGGAGAUACAUGGUAAGGAUGCAUUUGCCACAGUCACUUCAAAAUGGAAUGCUUGCAUCGAAAUUGAUAAUCAAAAAUAUCAUAGUUAUAACGAUUUAUCUGCUUAUUUUGGAACAACUAAAGGUAAACCAUUAUAUUUCGAAGAGUUGGUUAUUAGAAUUGACAGACGUGUGUAUUUAAUGAGGGCAAAAGCCUGGACUGCUCCUUCCUAUUACGCUUCUCGACCUUUCAUUCAACCUGCUAAUAAUCUUUGUAAUAAAGUUUUAAAGAAAUCGUCAGUUUCAGGGGGUUGCAUCAACAGUGCUUUUAAAUUAUCAACAGAUUCUGGUGAUUUUUUUGUUAAGACAAAUAAUUCUCUGGAUUAUGACACAUUAGUAAUGUUUAAGGGUGAAAUGGUUGCUUUGAACACGAUAUCAUCAUCUGUUCCUGAUUUUGCUCCUAAAGCUUUACAUGCUGCAAGUUUUAAAGAUGGCGGUGCAUUUUUGGUGACUACAUUCAUAAAUCUUAAAUCAUCAUCAUCAAGCAAACAUGAUGUUCUAUUUGCAAAGAAAUUAGCAUUAUUACAUUCGACCAAUUCACCGGAUAAUAGAUUUGGAUUUCCUGUGGUGACAAUGUGUGGAGCUACUGAACAAGACAAUACUUGGGAAAGCGAUUGGGAAACAUUCUAUAAAGAAAGAAGAUUAAAAUUCAUCAUUGACAAAUGUUUGAAAAAAUAUCCUUCAAAUAAGGAACUUAAAGAAUUGGGCAAAGUUGUGGUGGAUAAGGUGGUCCAUCAUUUGCUUAAAGAUAUAGAAGUGAAAAGUUCAUUGAUUCACGGUGAUCUUUGGUCAGGUAAUUGGGGUAUUGAUUCUGACACCAACGAGCCAGUAAUUUAUGAUCCAGCUGCUUACUAUGCUCAUAACGAAAUGGAAUUAAGUAUCUUGACUAUGUUUGGAAGUCCAAGUAAAGAAUUUUUCGAUGAAUAUCACAAACAUCACCCAAGACAAAAACCAUUCUUUAAGGAAAGACAAGGUAUUUAA